AUGGAAAUUUUAGAUGUUAUUGAAAGCAUUGAAUUAUGCAUAAGAGUUAUGACAGAAUUAUACGCCGAGUAUUCGUUCCCAGAUUUCGAAGUCGCAAAAACGACUCUUUUAUCAAUAAAAAGAAAGCUCGAAAAGCUGAAAACUCAAAAGGAGACUGAUUCUAUUAACUUAAUUUUCUUCCAGAAGGUCCUAAAAGCAAUUCAAGAUAGUUUAGAUAUGCUCUAUGAAACCACUCAGGACUGAAAAGGGCCUCCAGAAAUCCAAGAAGAUGAUAAAUUUUGGACUGAUUUAAAAAAAUUAGAAACUCUUGACGAAAUACUGAUCUACGCUGCAAAUGCCUCAAAAGACGACCUACUUUGUUUAAAUGUCUCUGAUGAGCGUUGGAAAAAACUAAACUACGUCAUUAUGCACCAUAAUUACUCAAAGCGCUCUAAGACUAUUAAGCACUACAAAACCUUUUUCAAAAGAACGGCUUCUGGAUGGGCACUGAUGUCGACGGGCCUUAAAGAAAAAACCAACAUUGAGAAAAAAGUUAUGGUUGGCCUUGGGGCUAUUUAUUUCUCUAUUUUCCAAUCAGAAGCUGUAAAGCAGGCUGAGUUAUACUCGGCCAAGCCAAGAAUUGAUAUAUCGCAAACUACAUUUAACAUGAUAGACUCAUGGAUGCUUUCCAAGCUUUAUAAUUGGGUCAUCCCAAGCAUUGAUAUAAAUAAAAUUUAUCAUGUCCCAAGGACAGUUUCUUCUAUUACUAGUAAAGAGUUUCAUUCGUAUGAAAACGAUAAAGACUCAUUAAUUGCAGUAGAAAAACAUAGGGUUAUGAUGAGAUUGUUGAGAAGCAAAAAUCAUAAUUCUAGUAUCAAAUUUUUUGGAGGGUUUUGCUUUUGUGCUGAAAGUAGAAAGGGGAAGAAAAAACAGCCAAAAAAAGCAAACAAGCUGAUUUUUCAUAUACAUGGAGGAGGGUAUAUAAGCAUGUCGUCAGCUUCGCAUCAAGUAUAUACAAGAAAAUGGGCAAAUAUUCUCAAAAUCCCUGUAAUAUCAAUUGAUUAUAGGCUAGCCCCUGCCCAUCCAUAUCCAGAAGGUUUAGAUGAUGUGUGGCAAGCUUAUAAUUGGAUAUUAAAUCAUGCUGAAGAAGAGUAUGGGAUAACUCCAGAAAAAAUAAUUGUCACUGGAGAUUCUGCUGGAGGAAACUUCGCAUUGGCUCUGACUUAUUAAUUAAUUAUCAAUGUUCGUCAUUACAGCAUGGGCCAAGAUUUUCACCAAUGCAUGCUCAUCGUCCCUGAGGGACCUCGGCACACACCCAUCUCUCUGCCAGGAGAGUCUUAUAUAAUCGGAUUAGACAUUCUGGCUUGAAGUCCUUAAGGGCUGAUUCCCAUGAACAUAACUCCCAGUAUUGUGCUAGGAACAUACAUCUUGCAGCCUGUGGAGAGUUUUGCCGCUCUACAGAGUAGAUCGCCACUGAUCGCGCCUUUAUAUGAACCACAGAGGUAAACCUUAUAUCUCAGUGAUUAGUUCCCUAAGGCACAAGAAAACCCCCAGCCCGAUAUAUACCAAUAAUGCCAGACCUAUUUCUCAGCUUGGUUUACCCACCAUUGUUCCCUGCAAGUGUUGAGAAAAUUGCGUCAAGAGGUCAGGUCGGUCGCCUUCCCAAUAUUAAUUUAUAUAUAUCUCUAACUUAUAAGUGCAUUUUAUCCGGCAUCAAGGUUCCUGAUGGGCUUAUUUUGAGUUAUCCUUCAUUGAGGCUUGACAAAAACUUUUUCACGCCAUCUCUGCUUUUGUCAUUAGAUGAUUUUUUAAUCCCUCAUACCCUUAUGAAGCUUAUUGUCGAGAAUUAUCUUAAAGAUUCCUCACUAGACCCUGCUAACGAUAUUUUCAUAUCUCCUAUUGCAGCAUCUGAUGAAAUGAUGAAAGCAAUGCCUCCUGUCAGAAUUUUGGUUGGAGAUAAUGACCCCUUGCAAGACGAUUGUAUGAGGUUCGCUGAAAAAUUAUUGAAUGCGAAUGGAGACGUGAAAUUGACGAUAUUUCAAGGCACCCCACAUGGAGCUCUUAAUCUUUGCUUUCCUGGAGGUGUCAAAGAAAGCUUUGAUGUGCUGAAUCAGACUAUUGCAUGGUUUGAAGAAUUAUUCGAUUAUAAUUAA